AUGCGAUCAGAUCGUCAGUGGAUGUAUAUCAGGCGUAAGGAGGAUGGUUAUAUUUCUACGGAAUUUAUCAAGGGUGUUGAGAAGUUUGUUAAUUUUGCUAAGAGUCAACCAAAGUGGAUGGAUGGGAAUAAGAUUAAAUGUCCUUGUAAUCAACCAAAGUGUAGGAACACGGCUUUUCGUGACCAGGAAACCGUGACAAGUCACUUGCUCACCAAAGGUUUCGUAUCGGGGUAUUACGAGUGGACACUUCAUGGGGAAGUUAUUGCUACGGUAGAUUCGAUCGAUAUGUCUUACUCAGCAUCAACGCUUGAAGCAGAGCCAACCAACUUAUUUGAGACUAUGGUAAUGGAUGCUGCCGAGCCUGAUUUCAAUCUGAAUAUGGAGGAGGAACCUCCAAAUCCGGAAGCUCAAGCAUUCUAUGACAUGCUUAGUGUUGCAAAAAAAGAGUUAUAUCCUGGUUGUCGAAAGCAUACGCAGUUGUCGCUUGUUGCUAGAUUACUUAGCUUUAAGUCAGAGCACCAUCUAUCUGAGAGGGGAUUUAAUAAACUUUGUGAAUUACUUAAGAAGGUUCUUCCUGAACCUAAUACGGUUAUUGAUAAUUUUUACAGUACUAAAAAACUGGUUCGAGGGUUGGGCCUUCCCGUUGAGAAAAUUGAUUGUUGUAGAAACAACUGUAUGAUUUUUUGGGGUGAUGACAGUGAUUUAACAGUCUGCAAGUUUUGUCAUGAGAAUCGGUACAAGCAAGUUGAGCAAGCUGACAGUAGCAAACGACAAAAAACUUGUGUUCCUCAUAAGAAGAUGCAUUAUUUUCCUUUAACGCCUCGGCUUCUGAGAUUGUAUGCAUCCAAUUCAACAGCAGCAGAAAUGAGGUGGCAUGCAGAUCAUGUGGUCGAAGAUGGCGUCAUGUGUCAUCCAUCGGAUUCCCCUGCGUGGAUUCAUUUUAACGAGACUCAUAGGGAAUUUGCUGCCGAGAAAAGGAAUGUCAGACUUGGUCUUUGUACUGAUGGGUUUCAGCCGUUUGGUCAAUCUGGGAAGCAAUAUUCUUGUUGUCCUGUCAUUGUCACAGUGUAUAAUUUACCACCUUGGAUGUGUAUGAAGGAUACAACAAUGUUCUUAACGGUGCUAGUGCCAGGACCAGAGAAUCCUAAGGCAAAACUUGAUGUUUUCUUACAACCCCUUAUUGCAGAGUUGAAACAUUUGUGGAUGUUGGUGUCCAUGCAUAUGAUAUCUCAUUGA